GCAGGUGGAGACCACAGACACUUUCCUCCUCAUUUUUUGGCUUCUUUUCAGUAGUUUUGCACUGGUAGCAGGAGGUUAUACUUGGACCCUGCAGAGGUUGCAUAGGCAGUGCAUCUCCACCAGGAUGGCACAUCAACACGUCGUCACCUGAAGAACUGACAUAUUUGUUUGUAGGACAAAAUUAAUGUUUAACAACUGGACUGAUCACCAAGUGGGUAGCCCUGAUGGGGGUUUGGCUACAUGUUGAAAUGCAUAAGUAUGUUGUAUCACAGCAGUGUGGAAAGAUGUUUUCACAGAAGGUUGCAUAUUUCCCAGAAUAAUUUGAGCAAUAAAACAAACUGCAGAGCAGCCAAGGUAUUGCUGCAUCACACUCUGAGGUUGUCAUUUAAAAUAAGGGAAGAGGAAGAGAAAUCUUCCUGGUUUCCAUGAGCAACAGCUGAAAUAUACCAAGAAGUUGUUGUUUUUUUUCUGAUAAAUGUUUUUGUGAAGGAUGGAGGACAAUGGGGACAACGUCUGCUAUUCUACAGUCAGGAUAAAAAAUGGCAAAUUUCCACCUAAAGAGAGUGAGGAAGAUGUGACCAUUUAUGCUGAAGUAAAAGCAAAGGAAACCGUUCCUGCUGAACCAAGUCCAGCAGAAGCGGAAGCAGCAACCCUCUCUCAGUCUCGUCUGUUGGUGUUUUUGGGGAUUCUUUGUGUCGUGCUGGUUGUGUGCAUCGCCAUCAUUAUCUACAUCAGUAUGAUGAUGAUCAAGCAGCAGGAAAAUAUCAGUGACCUUACCACAGAAAAUAAGAAACUGAUGGUGGAAAGAACGAUGAUGGAGUACCAGACCAAGGAGCUGAGCCGAGUGAGAAAUGACCUGAACAGGACACUGGAAAUCAUCCUGACGUUUGACAACUUUCCAGUCAAAGACUUCUGCCCUGACAAAAAGUGUCAGCUGUGUCAGAACGGCUGGAAAGCCUUCAGGGGAAAAUGCUACCUGUUUUACAAUGUAAACUCUCCUUGGAAGACCUGGAGGGAAAGUCAAGAGUACUGUCAGGGCAAAGCUGCAGAUUUGGUUGUCAUUGAUGAUCUGCAGGAGCAGGAAUUUGUCAGCAGUAACACAAAUCCCUACUAUGAUCAAUUCCACGGAUACUUCCUGGGAUUACAAGAAACCAACAAGAACUGGAUCUGGGUUGAUGGACAUAAUGACACUCUUAUGUUCUGGAUAAAGGACAGCCUUGGUAAAUCAGACCCAUACGCACUGCUCAUCCCUGGGAGAAAUCUCAGAGAGAACUGGGACAAAUCAGAUCAUCAGUUUCAGAACAAAUUCAUCUGUGAACGUGAAGCUCUAAGGGUUUAACUAACACUGCUCUCUGUUAAUGCAGGAAUACUUAACUGUGAUGAGCAUUUUAGUAAAUGCCAAAAAUAAAAACAAAACCUCAUCUGUUGGAGGCUGUUAAAACAUCUUCUUUCCCUUUUCAUUGAAGAUCCUUUUUAAUUUCUCCAUUUCCUGGUCGCUCGUAUUGGCAAACUAAUUUCAGGUGAAAAUAUCUGCUCAUUUAUCUGUGUGUGGGGGGGCUGCUCAAAUGGACAGACUGUAAAAUGUUAAUAUUUAAAUCUGUUAAACCCAAUGUGGAUACCUGUGAAUACAGGACAGUUUUGAUUAAUGAGAGUUAAGAAUAAAGUUUUUAUUUGGAGUGGACCAAGGAUGAAGCCCUGUGGUACACCAUUCUUACCUAGAUUGGUAGCUUAAUAUAAUUACCUCCCAAUACUUUAUACUUUAAUUAUUUAUUUACUUUUGUUUGUUUGUUUUGUUUUCUGUUGAAUCGUUAAACAUCACAGUGCAUUACCACCACCACCUGCUGCAGCAUCAUGCGUUCUCUGCAGUCUAUCAUUGGAAAUGAAAACUUGCUGAAUUAUAUCUUAAAAUAUUUUGUGCUUAAGAUGCUAUUA